GUGUGUCCACCAUGUACUAAUUCCACCGCUACGUCGGUCUAUACAGAAGAAUUUUCAUAUCAUGUUUGCACAUGUAAGGUAGCUACAUCUCACAAUGCACCUCAUGUGCACAUCAGCGCAUCAAUACGUUGUCUUCUCUGUUGAUCAACUCUCUACUUGCAUACCGUUCCUCCGAAUGUUGCGUGGGAAGCGCGUCGUUUUCCACUGCCAUUUUCCAGAUAAACUUCUUGCAAACGGUGUCUAUGUAGAGGACCGGCGGGGGCAGAAUGUCAGUAUACGUCUAUCGGAUUGGCUAGAGGAAGUGACUUUGACACAGGCUGACCUUAUUCUCGUCAACUCAAAAUUUACUGCGCAAGUAACCAAGUUGCACUUUUGGAAUUAAUGUCGCAGCCUAUAUCUCACCAAUCGACACAUCAGAUUCCUAUAUCCUUCAAACGCGAGGCUGGUUCUAACUGUUU